AUGAAGUUCUACAUUGAACGCUCAAUCUGGGAACAGUGGUUAGGGCCAAUGCCAGAAGGUUGGGAACCAAAAACAACGUCUAAAGAUUCUGGUAUCUACAUGACCAUGCUUCUCAAAUUCGGUGAAGAGGAUGAGCUGCAUAAGGCGCGCCUCUUGAACGUCGAAGAAAAGCCCUUCAAGCGCAUCACCAAACGCCUUCUCGCACCUGGCUCACUCCUCAACAAUCCGCUCAAGCUGCCAACUCCUCCACCUGAGACUGGCUCAGCUGAAGAUACCUCUGAAGAUGAUCCGACCCUGAAGCAACAAGCCGAAGAGCGACAACAGCUCCGUCAAGAGAUCAUCUUCGACUUCGAUGCCUUCGAUAGCAGCAUCGCGCGCAUUCAGUUCCUCCGCAACAGCAACGAGAACGAACGAGAUCGUUACACGGCCGACAAGCAGCGAAUCUUAGAUACGAUGCAAGAGGUUCGAGUUAGCACGGCGCAAUUGAGAAUUCAGCUGGAGGAGUCGAAGAAGACAUUAGAGCAACGGAAGAAGUUUGACGAACUAGCUGAGAAGAUUACCGGCAAUAGACUAUUGAGGCCGCGCGAGGAUCAAGAGGUAAAUCUGAGGAAGCUGGAGGAGGAGUGCAGAGAGCUGGAGAAGGAGAGUCUGACAUAUGGCGAAACUUGGAAGGAGAGACGAGAGCAGUUCGGCAAGAUUGUGGAGGAGGGUAUGCAAUUGAGGAGACUUAUCAGAGAUGAGAAAGAAGAGGUCGAGAGGCGCGAGGGCAUGGAUGGUGGAGAAGAGGAUGGCGAGGUUGGUGAAGGCAGUCGAGGAGGUCAAACACCGAAGCACAGCAGUUUCAGUGGAAAUGCUACACCCAGACCGGACGGAGAAUCACAAAGCAUGUCGGGAUCGGGACUGAAGCCAAGACCAUUGAACUCGGGCACGUUCUCAAGACCUGGAAGUACGACCGGAAGUCGAGCUGCCUCCCCUGCUGGUUCUGAACGGGAAAGAGAAGAGCUGGUUGAAGGAGAGGACUCGAUGAUCUUGGAUGACGGACCAAAGGUUGAGGAGAGUGAUAUUGUGGCGGCGACACCGUUAGCAGAUACUGUUGACAUGGCUAUUGUCUCUACUCCCCAAGUUGUUGUGGACGAGCCUAGCCCCAUGGUAGCAGUCGAAGGAGUUGAACCAUCGGAGGAGGAAGGCGAGGAAGGAGAAGCUGAGGACAAAAUGGAUACCACCUAGGUCAUUACGAGGCAUGGUCGCAUGUAAGAUUACAUUGUACUAUAGGGGAAGCAGCAUGAUACCCUCUAAUUUGUAUUCACAAAACACCAGUCC